AUGCAGGAUCUGGUGCAUCUCUUACACGGGUUUAAACUUACCGAUAGAGAAGACAGGUGGGUGUGGAAUGAUGGGGCUAACGGUCCUUUCUCGGUGGCCGAUUGUAAAAGAAUUUUAAAAACUAAUGUUCCAGCGGUUAAUGGGUUCUCUUUGAAGUGGGAAGCUUGGGUCCCUUUAAAAAUCAAUCUUCUUUCGUGGCGGGCCGGUAGGUAUAAACUGCCUACUCGGGUGGCGUUGAUACGACGAAGAGUCAACAUUCCAGAUUCGCUAUGUCCUUUUUGCAGCCUGUGUGACGAAGACGUUAAUCACUUGAUGGUUGGGUGUGGUCUCGCAUACGACGUGUGGAGUUCGAUAUGCAAGUGGUGUAAGUUAGACCCAUUCUUUGCUUAUGAUUAUGACGAUGUGUUAAAGUUAUAUAAAAAUGUGCAUGCUGGCAAGUGGCGGAAAAAGAUCGUUAGAGGCAUUGUAAUGACUACGGCUUGGGCUAUUUGGAACGCUAGGAAUGAGAAGAUAUUUCGAAACAAAGGUAUCAAAGUGGCGGAUGUCGUGGCUGAGGUGAAGUCCAAGACUUUUUUAUGGCUAAAGUAUAGGUCGAAAUAUAAAGACAUUGCUUGGAAUGAUUGGGCUUCCUAUCCGCUGUACAUGUGUAUUUAG